AUGACCCUCCCGUGGAUAUACCCUGUCCGAGCUGUGCAAGCACUCUUUGGCGUGAUCGUGAUCGGCUUGACAGGAUAUGUGGUUUCAACAUUCUACAAUGGAUGGUCAUACUCGGAUACUGUCAACUUCCUCCUCUUCCUCGGUUGCUGGACUGCCUUUGUAGCAGUGCCCUAUCUCGCCAUAGCACCAAUAUGGUUCCCUCGCCUUGCACACCACUAUGUGAUUCCUGCUGUUGAAGUGAUUACCAUGAUCUUUUGGUUUGCCGGGUUUAUCGCUAUGGGAGCGAUGUUGCCUCCGCCAAGAUGGUGUCAUGGCAGUGCAUGCAGCUCGCUCCAGGCAGCAACGGUAUUUGCAGCUUUUGAAUGCUAUUUCGGUAUCAUCGAUCUUAUGAACCACCGCCGCGGCGGAGAGGCGAAAACACAUUCGAAUGUGCAUAUCGGAGUUUGA